AUGAAGUCUGCGAGUUUACUCACUGAAAAGGUAAUAUAUCCAGCCGUACGCCGCGGAGAUGUCGUUGAGAAUUUACACGGUGUGCAAGUAGCCGAUCCGUAUCGCUGGCUUGAGGACCCCGAUUCGCCAGAGACACGCGAGUUCGUCACGAAACAAAAUGAAGUGACACAGCGCGUACUGACUAAAAUGCCGUUCGUAGCUGAAACGAAAGAGCGUAUGACGGAACUUUUCAACUAUGAAAAGUACUCUGCACCACGUAAACAUGGUGGCAAGUAUGUUUUCUCAAAAAAUGACGGACUGCAGAACCAAAGCGUAUUGUACAUCCAGGACGAGUUGCACAGUUCCCCGCGCGUCUUAUUGGAUCCCAAUCUUUUUGCAGAGGAUGGUACUGCCGCUUUGUCCAGUUCUGCAUUUUCUGAAGCUAAACAACAAGAUGGAAAGCUGUAUUUUGCUCACGGGAUCUCGCGUGGCGGUUCCGAUUGGCAGACUAUCAAAGUUAUGGCAGUGCACGAUAAUCACAAAAUUGUGGAAGACACAGUGGAGUGGGUGAAAUUCUCUCGAAUUGCAUGGACCCAUGACGACAAUGGAUUCUUUUACUCACGCUACCCUCCUCCUGAGAAAAUGAAAAAUCACGAGCAUGAUGGUAUAGAAGGAUACAAAAGGGGAACGGAAACGGAUGCCAAUAUGAACCACCAGGUCUGGUAUCAUAAGUUACACACGCCACAAUCUGAAGACAAAUUGGUGUACGCGUACCCAACUGAACCAACGUUCACUGUCAGUGCCGAAGUCUCAGACGAUGGCAAAAAACUUUUGCUUUCUGUACAUGAUGGAUGCAAGAACGCGAAUAUGAUACAUGUCGCAGAUCUAAGUGCUUUUGAGCAGUUUUUGAAUGGCCCAAAUGACACAUUGAUCGUAGUAACGAAACUUGUGGAUAACAUGGAUGCAGCAUACUCGUACAUCUUAAACGAUGGCGAGUUCUACUACUUCAAAACCAAUGCUCAAGCCCCACGUGAGCGUGUAGUGCGCGUGAAACUUAGUGACGAUAAUGCUGAAAUUGAAUGGGAAGUAAUAAUUCCAGAGCAGCCCGAAGCAAUUGUGAUUGAAGAAGUGCACCCUGUGGCGCCAAAUUUAUUAGUUGUACAGCUCGUGAAAGACGUACACAAUGAACUGCACGUAUACAACCUUGAUGGAGAGUACCAGUACGAGAUACCUUUGCCCAGUGUGGGUACAGUCGGAUUGUCCAGCAAACGAACUGAGUCAGAAGUGUUUUACCACUUCAUUUCAUUUCUUUAUCCCGGAUCAAUAUUCCGUAUUGACCUCUCGAAAGGUAAGGCUGCGCCGAACGCCGAGCUCUUUCGUGAGACAAAAGUGAAGGGUUUUGAUCCGAGCUUGUUUGAAGCAAAGCAAGUAUUUUACCCGUCUAAAGAUGGUACGAAAAUCCCCAUGUUUCUUGUGAAACAAAAAAAUGCUAUCAAGGACGGAAAUUUGCCCGUGUACUUGUACGGGUACGGCGGCUUUAACAUCUCACUCACUCCAGCGUUUAGCGUUUCGAGAUUGGUGUUUUUACAGCACUUUAACGGCAUGUUGGCUCUUCCAAAUUUACGAGGCGGUGGCGAGUACGGAGAGCAAUGGCACCAAGAUGGAAUGUUGCACAAGAAGCAGAAUGUCUUUGAUGACUUUCAUAGCGCUGCCGAGUACUUGAUAAAAGAAAACUACACGAAUUCGGAGAAAAUUGCUAUUCAUGGUGGCUCGAAUGGUGGGUUGCUUGUAGCAGCUGCAAGUAAUCAACGUCCGGAUCUCUACCGUUGCGUCGUGGGAGCUGUAGGUGUCAUGGACAUGUUGCGAUUCCACAAGUUUACGAUUGGCCACGCCUGGCGAACGGACUACGGAGACCCGGAAGUGGCAAACGAUUUCCACUACAUCCUUCGCUACUCGCCUGUGCACAACGUUCCGCAUGCCGAUAGUCCCGCUAUGCAAAAACUUGCGGAGCGUGGUGGGUUCCCAUCCGUACUAUUGACGACGGGUGACCACGACGAUCGAGUCGUGCCUUUGCAUUCGUACAAACUGAUUGCAGAAUUGCAGUACCAGCUUGGCAAUUCUGAGUCGCAAACGAAUCCUCUACUCAUUCGCAUUGAUACAAAGUCUGGCCAUGGAGCUGGAAAACCCACGACCAAAAUCAUUGAGGAAACUUCCGAGGUAUUUGCGUUUAUCGCGUGGAACCUCGGCGCACCUUUUGUUGCUUGA